UUUUUUUUUUUUUUCUCGAGAGUCGACCAGCUGUGCGGAAAAAAAAAAUAGGUGUACCCGAGUCAUAACUUGUCCCUGGCAAAUAUGUACCAUCAACUUUACAGCUAUGGGCCGCCAACACAGCCACCACAAGCGCAAACGCAAACGCAAAGUCAGCACCACCAAGAUAAACCUUUCCAUGCAUCGCACACUCAAUACACUCAGCACCCUUAUCAUUCGGCCAUGGAUCAUGCCAAUCCGUUAUCGUCACUCAAUUUCAUGUCUCAACAAAACAAUUUGCAUUUAUCUGUAAAACCGGAACAUCCAGCUUCGUUCCACCCUUACAACCUGGAAGACUAUCAGUCAACGUUACAUUAUAAUUUACCUAUACGACAGUGCCAUCAACCUCAGGAACAGGCAACCCAGCCGCAUCAACAACACCAACAACAGGCAACCCAGCCAACGCAGCAACAGGAACACCAUCAACCACCACCGCAUCAGCCGCAACAUCAUACAUUUACUCAAAUUCAGACGCAGCGACAACCACAAGAUCAAAAAGAACAUCAACAUCAUCAGCAUCAGGAACAAGAAACAUCGUUACCGCAACUACAACAACAACAACAGCAUCAUGGAUUAUCGCAUCGAUCGGAACAGCAGUCGCUAAGCGAUCAUUUUACAAACUUUCAUUCUGAUAUCGUCGCCAGUUUCAAUCAUCCUUCACACACUGUUUAUAACCCGGUCGAUAUUAGCAGCAUUGUGCACAGCCCGGUCGUUUCACUUCCUGAUUUACCGGCCACUUUACCACCGAUCAAUUCUACUAUUUUUAAUGGCCCCAGUUCGGUCGGUGUACCCCUGCCCACUCAGCCACCUUCUUCAUCAUCGAACAAACGCUGGAAGUUACCGUCACGCAGUCGUGAACGAGCACCCUGGACACCCGAAGAAGACAAUCUUUUACGCUUAGCCGUUCAGUUGUAUGGCGACAAGACCGAAAAAUGGGCAAAGAUUGCGGCAUGUGUUCCCGGUCGUACCAACAAGAAUUGUCGCAAACGAUGGUUCCAUUCGUUGGAUCCUUCGUUGAAAAAAGGCGCAUGGACAGAUGAGGAAGAUCAGUUGUUACGUGAAGGCGUAGUGAAGUAUCCCAAUCAGUGGAGCAAGAUUGCCGAUAUGUUGGAAGGUCGCACCGAUGAUCAGUGCGCUAAACGGUGGCGUGAAUCGCUCGAUCCCAGCAUUGACCGAUCCGAUUGGACUCCCGAAGACGAUAAGCGACUGAUGGAAAAAUACGAAGAAUUCGGUUCUCAGUGGCAAAAGAUUGCCCAGUUUUUCGACGGUCGACCCGGUUUGCACUGUCGCAACCGAUGGCGGAAAUUGCAACGCAUGAUCCAACUAAAACGGGACAAGGAGAAUGCGGCCGUAGCUGCCGCGGUAUCAUUCGUGCAUGCACUGGCAGAAGACAGUGUCAAUCGCUUUCAGUUGACCUCCCACCCCGCUUCCGGUGUUUCAUCUUCUCCGGCUAUUUCACAGCAACACCAGGAACAUCCGCCGCAGCAGCCGUCAUCCACAGUAUCGUCGACUCCGCCGCAAAUAGCUGAUGCCUCUCCAUUAUCAUCCACCAGUUCUUCGAGUUCGCCGCAUAAUGCCCAACUGAGUUCUUUAUUAACACAGUCGGAUCCUUCGGUACUUGCGCAAUUUCGAAACAGUGGCACGCCACCCAGUCUGAAACGUUCAUCGACCGACCUUGCGAAUGAACCCCAUCAGGAUUUAAUGCCGUACGGCUGUGAUGUUCCUGGAUGUGGCGCCAAUUUCCCUACGUCAAGUGGUCUCUUUUAUCACAUGAAAUCAGACCAUCCGAAUCUCUCCGGAGUUGAAAAACCUUACCGAUGCGGUAUGCCGAAUUGUGCCAAACGGUAUAAAAAUAUCAACGGAUUGCAGUAUCAUUUGCGAGAUGCAAAAGGGACCUCGGGUCAUGCUGUGGGUUCAGGAGAUGAUGCAUUACUGGGUUCCGACUCGCUACUGAACAAUGAUCGACGCUAUCGCUGCGAAAUUCCGGGUUGUCGAAAAGCUUAUCGGACAAUGAACGGAUUACGAUACCAUCAGUCACAUGGCCAUAACAUGACCAUGCCAUUGGAAGAAAUUCCUCAGUUUCCCUUGAGACGUGAAAAGUGGAUGUUGGAAGAAAUCAAAUCGGAAUUCUAGGGCCCCUCUUUUUUUUUCUUUUCAUUCGU